AUAUUAUUUCAUACCGCUAUUGAGAGCGAGUUUUUUUUUUCAGUGUAUGUACGAAGCUUGUUCGAAGAGGUCGCUGCGAUCAUGACAUUUCUAUUGUUUUGACACUUCACACUUUGCUAGUGUGUGCGAUUGUCACUUCGGUGUUAUUACGUUUUGUUGACGAAUUCAUCCAAACAGAUUCAAUUUCAUGUGGAAAUUUUCAUUUUGAAAUUAGAUUUUUUUUGUUAGAUUCUUUGGAGCGAAGAAAUAAUAGUUCUUGUAGUAGAUUUAAAAUCCAAAUACUACUAAUAUUGUAGUUAACAAUUGAAACAUUUAUUCGUUCGAAUCGAAUUGAUGUACUGAUUUUUCUGAAAAUAUUGAUUUAAAAAUGGCAAGUGACGAUGAAGAUGAGCUGUGCCGCUUCGGAACUCCAUUGGAUCCGAUUGAAGAAGAUGAAGUGCCAACAACGAAAAAGAUCACAUUAGCCGAUCAAAUAGCGGUGGAUAGCAAUGGGAAGCGUCGAUUUCAUGGUGCAUUCACCGGUGGAUUUUCGGCCGGGUUUUGGAAUACAGUUGGAUCUCGCGAAGGCUGGACACCGAGUGAAUUCAAGAGUUCGCGUGGUGAAAAGGCAUCGCAACGAGUGCAGAGGCCGUCUGAUUUUAUGGACGAUGAGGAUAUGGGUGAAUUCGGUAUAGCACCACAACGAAUCCAAACGACAGAAGAUUUUGCACCGUCCGAAGGUCGACAGAAAAACAAGCGAAAAUUGCAAUUGGAUACGGCACAAGGGCCAAUCCCUGGUGCUCCGGUGCUGGAACUAGUAUUGGAAUCAUGCCGUGAUAGGGCUGCUGUUAGAUUAUUGAAACGAAUGGACAAAAGAUACGCGGCGGCACUUUCGAAAAAACCAAAAAAACCAGAAGAGCCACCCGUUACAGAGUCGGAAGAUGAAACAAUGGAAACGAAAGAAGCGAAUAAACCAGAUGAAACAUCGGAAGCGGCAUCACAAGAAAAGGUGUACAAGUGUGAUAUGGGGCCAAUGCGUCGACCACGAAGAGAUAGCGAAGGCAGUAGCAGCGAUGACGAAGAACUAGUCUUUGACGAAGAUGAAUUUGAUGCAAUUUUCAAAAAUUUCAAAAUCAAUCGCUUCGGAUUGGACUACAAGGGAUUGGAUAAAGGCAAUUUUUUUGCAACCGUUGGAUCUGAAGUGCCAAUCAUUCAAAAUAACUUCAACAGUUUAUCGUCUUUCACAAUGGUCGAUCAGAAUAAGAAAAAGGUGACGAUACGAGGUCAAGCGUUUGGUGUUGGUGCAUUCGAAGAAGACGACGAUGAUAUUUAUGGCCGAGAUGACAUGAGCAAAUAUGAUUUUCGAUUGGAAAACAAAAUUGAGAGUGGAUCGUCAAAGAGCUCAAGGUAUAAAGAACGGGGAUUUAUUAGUGGCUUCAGCGAUGCAUCGUCUGUCAGUCGAAUUGCAUCGAAAUACGUAUUUAAAGUGCCACUUCCAUUUGGAUUCGAGCCGAGAAAUUGGAUGAAACGAAAGAGUCGAUUCGGGCCUGAAGUUGCCGGUUCCAGUUCGUCAUCGAUCAAAGGACCGGCUGAUAAAGUGAUUGGACGACAUGAUUUAACACCUGAUCAACGUGGAGAGCUGCUGGGUGAUAAAACAGCUAAGAAGGAUACAGUUAGUGAUAUCGAUGCGAAAUUGAAGGCAGCCGGCUUGAAAACUAUGAACUUUACAUCUGGUGGAAUUGAAAACAAGUCAGAUGAUGGACCAAAACCAACAACGAGUGACGACUUGAGCGCGAAAAUCGAAGAAAACUUGACAAAAAUACGCAAUAAAUCGUUUGUUGUGCCAGAGUCUAUACCGCAAAUUUUUGACAGAUUCACGGCUUCAAACGACUCAAAACCAUUAUCUGAGCUAGAUCCAUCCGAGACAACGAAAAUCAAAGAGGUACCAGCUGCUCCAGUCGUGCCGAAAGAGGUAAAAAAAGUCAUUCGUACUAGAAGUACUUGGGUGCCGUGUCAAUUGCUUUGUUAUAAGAUGAAUAUGGAAACGAAUGUGGGAACAAAUCCCGAGAAAGGUAAAACAUUUUCGCUAUUCGAAUGUAUUGCAAGCACCGAGUCAGCACGUCGAAAUCGAUUAGAAUUCACGAAUGUUCGACAGGAUGACAGUGAAUGGUCUGAGCUGAAGAAAAUUGAAGAAAAGUCAGUGGAACGAGCGAAUCAGGCGAAAUUGAUUCAAAAUGAACUCACCAAUAAAAUUGUGUCAAAAGAACUUCCCGCUUUAGUUGUCGAGAGAAAACCACUCGGAGGAGCUCCAGAGCCAGGUGCAAAAAUUGAAAUAAAGCCUGAACCACCAGUUGCAAAACGAAAUAAGCCGAAGACUGAGCUAGAGAUGAAAAUAAUCGACGCACAACAUGAGCAUCCAUCGAAAAAGAAAGAUAUUUUUAAAGCAAUUUUUGACAGUGACACUGAGAAUUCGGAAGGAGAUGAAGAAAAGGAAGAAAGUAGUGGAAUGUCAACUGUUCCAAAACCACCGACAAUUAAUGCUGAUGUAAUGGCUACACUGACACGACCAUCCACUUCGUCAGGCGCAAUUUAUGCACAGCUCCCCGACGAAGCAUUCAAGCCAAAGUCAGCCAGAGAAAUAAACAUUCUACGGAACACAUCUCCGCCCCGUGGUAUUUUCAGUGGCUUAACCAAGAAAAUGGAACCACCAGCGAAAAUUGACUCGGCCGAAAAUAAAUCCAGUGAAUCAAUUGAAGAUAAGGAGGAAGAUUCAAACGCCUAUGGACCAACAUUACCGCCAUCUAAACCAUCCAGUUCACAUAAUGGAAAGUCAGACAUUUCAACAGCAUCAAGGGAUAACCCAAAUGCGCUGGCUUCAAUUUCGUUGGGCAAAACAAAAGUGAUUUACGAGGAGAAAUGGAUUGAAAAAUCGGAAGAAAAGGAGAAAAAGUCCAAAAAAGAAAAGAAACACAAGAAAGAUCGCGACAGACAUAAGAGUAAAAAACAGAAAAAAGAAAAACAUAAGAAGAAAAAGCGAUAAAAAUGUGAUCAUUGUUCAAAUACAAUUGAAAUUGAAUUCAAAAUUUAAUUGAAUAAAAAUAUAAAUUUAAA